AUGGAGAAGGGCAUCAACUGUGAAUUUGGAGAGCAGCUUUCCAGAGACCAGAAGGACAGGCAGCUAGCUGGCUUGCCCCCCCAGGAACCGGCAGUAAUCUUGGAAUUGUACAACAGCAUGAUUCAAUUCCCUACAGGGGCCAUGGCUGCCAAACAGCUCUGUGGCCCAGCGGGGCUGGCCCCGAAGUUUUUCUGGCUAACUAACCAAAGAUGCCUCAACCCGAGAGGAGCAUGCCAGAGUACCUGGAGUGGCUCAGGAGCAUCAUUCUAUCCCUUCAGCUCCUUCCAGUUGUCUUGCCCCAGAAGACCAGUUGGCAGUGUGCAUGCUCCUCUGUCCUCAAGUACAUCCAUCACCUGUUUGGAUCUCGUGCCAGCUAUCCCCUGCUCCACUGCCAGGUGGAGCACCUUCUGAGCCAAGCCUACUGUCACUGGUGGACCAGGGACUUUGGAGAGCAGGAGGAAUCUUCUGGAGCGGAGGUGCCCUGGGAUGUCAUCAUCUGUCUCUGUGUCCAGCAAUUACUACAGACCUGGAGCCCUCCCAGGCAGCCAGGAAUGCCAGCUGUGGAACACCAGGGGAGAGAGGUCCAGGUCUGCUGUUUCAAAGACAGUCUGAGGGAGUACUGCCUCCCGGACUCCUGGGAAAAUACUAGGCGGAAGCCCAGGACAGAGAUGGUGCAGCAUGAGAAAGAGCAGGCUUUGUAAGACUCUCAAUGGAAUGAUGCAAUGAAGUGUGCCUUCCUCA